AUGUAUUACCUCUCGACGAUUGAAUCUCAGAUGGACAAAGCAGCCAACGAGACAGAUACAGGAUCACUGCUAUCGGCGUUGGUGAAUGAUUCUGCCACCCAAGGAGAAGUUACCACCACUGAAGAAAUUACUCUUUCGAAUUCUCCUGAGGUAACAACAACUCAGCAGGUUGGAGGAUCAACCGGAAACGACUACUACUAUGGGAAUGACUGA